AUGACAGCCACUACCCGAGCUGCUGAAAAGGCAGAAGAAAUCGCCAGCGACUCUGCUGAUCUUCUCGCAGGUCAGGUCCCUGGAGACCCCGACAAGGCUGUCGGACAUCCUUUGCAUCCUGCAACCGUUCAUUGGCCAAUCGCGUUCCUCACGGCAUGCUUCGGCCUCACGACCAUCACUCUCUUGCCAGCCAAUCUCUACCCUUCGUUCUUCCUACCGCCACCAUCUGCCAUUCCUUCUCUGGUGCAUUAUUCUGCUGGCGCUGCGGUCUUGUCAUCCGUCCCUGCCAUUGUGACUGGAGCGGGGGAAGCUUACAAGCUCGCCAAGAAGGAAUACAAGGAGAAAGGAUCGUGGGAAGCUGUCUUUGACAACAGCUGGAACAUGAAAGAUGACGGUGGGAGGAAACUCAAGAUGACAGUCAAGCAUGCCAGCUUGAACGAUGUGGUCAUCUUUCUCGCCGCUUACAACUGGUACCAUGGCUGGGCUCAUCCUUACGAUCCUAUCCCUGCUAUCGUUCUGGCUCUGAACGCCGUUGCGUUCCCUGCGCUUCUAUACUCCGCCAUGCUCGGAGGAAGGAUGGUCUAUGAGUACGGUAUGGGGGUUCAGCGACAAGGAGCAGGCAAACAGGUCAGGGAGAAGGACGAGUGA